UUACUAGUUGCUGCAUCAGCGUUUAGUCUGUCUUCAAAGUGUAUACAGUACAUUUAAAAUUUAAAAUGUCUGACUAUUUUUCAAACAGAUAUAGAUAUGCUCAGAACUACAUAACGGAUUUUGAACGGCAUAUUGAACAGAUGAGAGAUGAUCUGAAAUUCCAUAUUAAAGAGACAGGGACUAGGGAGCGUUACCAUGGUUUUAAUCAAAGCUAUCAUGAUUUGUUACGAUUUGAUAUGCUUUCAAGAGGCGGACAAGAAUUACCGGAAAGAAAGGAUAUUCAUCAUAUUGAUAGACUCGAGCAACUUUCCUCAAGCCUGGUACAAUUACUAUCAACUGCUAGACAUAAUGCUAAACAGAGGUACAACUCACAAGACACAGUUCAUAGUCCGGCAAACGACAGGUUUUGGACACAUAUGAAUUCACGCGAGUUCGAAAAUAGACAAGAAAAACACCAAGCAUUCGCAUUCAACCCUAAUCAUCGAGCUUGCGUAGAAGUUAAAAGGAGAGAAAGGCACAACAAAGUGGAGCGUAGAAGAAGGUCAAUAAUAAAUGAAAGAAUAACAGAGAUAAGAAACUUACUUCCAGAGGAUAUCAAUCGUGCCACGCUUGGUAGGAAAAGUGUUGUUUUAAAAGAAGCUAUUGACUACAUUAAACAGUUACAAAAGGUAAUUGCGAACGUACAUCAACUCGAAGAUAAGAUGGAAACAAUCUGUAGUGACGUCAAUACAAUAUCAGAGAAAUUAGAGAGACUAGAAAUGCAGACAGCAGGAACAGUACCAACGCACAACAAACAAAAUAUUAAAACUUCUGAAUCUUUUGAAAACUCCAACGUUUCUAGUGACACAGCAAUGACCUAUGAAUAUAUUGAUGGAGACGAGAAGUCAAUUCUAAGUUUGCCACAGCAUAUUUUUCAAGAAAAUACUACAUCGUCUUUUGAUUUGGAUGAUGUGUGGGAUGAUAUACGAACAUCACUCUCCGUUGACACAUCUAUAUCACUUCAAAGCAGUCUUGGGUUGGAAUUUGACGAGCAAAGUUACAUUUUAUCAGAUACUGACAUUGCAUCAGACGUUGGCAUGGUAACAUAAUAUAACCAAGCCUUCUUCACGAUUCUAACACAGAAAAAAUAAUCCAAAUGUGGAUUGAAAUAUGAAUAUAUGUAAGGCUUCAUGUUCUACUUUUUCUGUAAAGGUUUGAUUGCUGCUUCUCCUGAUUAUCUGUGUACAGCUCCUGUUUGUCCGCAUUGUAGAUCUGUUCGAAAAGGCAUAUUUGUUUUUCAAGCUAAAUGUUUCUGUUGUUGAUUUGAAUUAAAAAUGAUAGAAAGUUGUCUUCUUAAAAUAUCUUA